AUGAAGUGUCUGGUGUUGGUACUGUACGUGUUAAUUUGGGGGUUGGGUGGUGCCAAAAGGCUGCAUAGGGGUAGAAGAACUGGAGGCAAUUUGAUUCCUCCCACCACCGAGGACAGGAUGAUGGUUUUUCAGGAUCAGUAUUUCGAACAGGUUUUGGACCAUUCUGAUCCUACGAAUCGGGCCACUUGGAAGCAGGACUGGACGUUCGUCGGCUCGUUAGCUCAGUUGAAUUCGCAGAGGUACUACUUGAACGACAACUUCUUCAACAAAUCCAAACGAAACGUGGCCUUCCUAAUGGUCGGAGGCGAAGCUGAGAUAAGCUCAAAGUGGAUGUACCAAGGGGCGUGGAUCAAGUCAGCCAAAGAGCACGGUGCCAUUUGCUUUCAACUGGAACACAGGUUUUAUGGUACCAGUCAACCAUUUCAGGAUUUGAGCACUGAACACCUUAAACUUUUAACCAGUCAACAAGCUUUGGACGAUCUGGCCACGUUUAUUGUGGCCAUGAACAAAAGAUACGAAUUGUUGGAUGUUAAGUGGAUAACUUUUGGAGGCUCUUAUUCAGGGUCUUUGGCAGCUUGGCUGAGGAUGAAGUACUCGCAUUUGGUUCAUGGAGCUGUCUCUUCUAGUGCUCCUUUGUAUGCUAAGGUAGACUUCGAAGAAUACUUCUUGGUGGUUGCCAAAGACUUAAGCACUGUUUACAGCGAAGAGUGUGCUUCAGUAGUAAAAACAGCUCUGUCGUUGCUAGAGGAGAAGGUUCUUGAAGGAAAUGACACCCUUGGAGAAACGUUCAAUCUUUGUGACACUAAAGUUAAUACAAACGUAGGCAACGACGUGUCCAAUUUAUUUUCAUUAAUGACGGACUCCUUCGCUUAUGCAGCACAAUACAACAACGAUAAUCGAAAUGGCGAGUUCAAUAUAAAUUAUGUCUGCGACAUAAUGACGAAUUCGAGUUUUGGCAACGUACUCGACCGAUUAGCAUAUCUCAAUGCGGACGCUGAUUGUAUUGAUUACAGCUUCGAGUCCAUGAUUCGGGAGCUGAGGAACGAAACUUUGGACAGUGGUGUUUCCGAAGGAGCUCGCCAAUGGACUUACCAAACAUGCACCGAAUUCGCCUUUUAUCAGACAACGAACGGGCUCCCGCAAAUAUUUACCAACAGAAUUCCGUUACAAUUCUACAUUGACAUCUGUUCAGAAACGUUUGGUGCAGAGAUAAAUCAUACGUACCUAAACCGAAUUACGGAGAGGACGAACGUCAUUUAUGGCGCUUAUGAUAUUCAAGUUUCCAACGUCGUUUUCGUCCAUGGAACGCUCGAUCCUUGGUAUCCUUUGGGUCUUAUCGGGAGUAAUGAGGAAGGGAUGACUACUGUUUUAAUUAACGGAACGGCGCAUUGUGCCAAUAUGUACGAUGAAAAGGAAGAUGAUUCAAAGGAUUUAAAGGAAGCAAGGGAUGUCGUUCAAAAGUUAAUUCGAACGUGGAUAAACGAAUUAUAAAAGUAUUAUUUUUAAAUGUGCUUUAAUGAUUUGAAUUCCUGAACGUCGUAUUAUGUAUAGGCAACCCAGUUUACACCCUGCAGGAUCGAUGAAGACUGAUACAACACUAUUGUUUGGGAAAAUAGUCUUUGUCUCCUUAUUUUGUAACAUUGUAACAUAUAUUUAACAACUUUAUGUUAAUAAAUUUGAAAUUUAUUAUUAAAUGUUGAAAAUAUUUUAAA